GAGCAUCUACGUAGAGAUCCACCGUCACAAGCAGUGGACACCAUGGGCUGGACAGAUGGCUCCAGACAGAACCCUGAGGUGCACAGGCAGCAAAGGAGCCCCAAGGAGGAGAAGGUGUGCCGGGAAAGGCAGAGCCAGGGCAGAGAAGAGACCUCUGGGAGGAAGAGGAAGUGUCAGCAACGUUGAGCGCUGCGGAGAUAUGAAGCAAGACAGGGGACUGUCCAACCCACCCGACCCCAUGGAAACAAGAGUGUGGCCACUUAGGCGGGGAAGAAGAAAGAGGAAAGAAAAAAAAAAAGAAAAAGCUGAAGAAUGGGGCCCGAGGGGGGUCCAGUUCCUCUUCGACUCUGUUCUUCACCCUCUGACGCCAACGGGUCCCCGCUCUGAGCUGAGAGCUACCUUAAACAUAUCUCUGGCCUUCAUGAACAGGACGCCCUCUAACCAACCCCGUCAGGACCGGCUGCUCAGAAGAAAGCCGGUCUCUCAGCUGCCCCAGGCCAUUCCCACAGCAGCUCGGAUGGUGGGUCGGGAGGCCGUGCCGUUCCCCGCUGGAACUCUGUCAAGUGGACCACCCAGCUGUAUGAAGGACAAUAAUCUCUCCCGACUCCACAGGACGGCCUGAGGAUGGAUAAUUACACGUCAGCCCCAGAGGAUGACUAUGACGUCCUCAUAGAGGACGACCUGAAUAGCGGCGAGCUAGAACUAUGCGACCACUAUGACACCAAGAUCCUGGAGGCUCGGGUGGUACCGCAGCUCUCCACCACCGUGUUCCUGGUUGGUCUCCUGGGCAGUCUCUUGGUUAUGCUUAUCCUGGUGAAACACAAAGGCCUCAAGCACACGGAAAAUAUCUAUCUCCUAAACUUGGCAAUUUCGAAUUUGUGUUUCUUGCUGGCCCUGCCAUUCUGGGCCUACACUGCGACACACGGGGGAGUUCUCGACACCCCCUUCUGCAAAAUUCUGGUGGUACUGUACUCCAUAGGCCUGUACAGCGAGGCAUUUUUCAACGUCCUCCUGACCGUACAGAGGUACCUGGUGUUUUUCUCCGUGAGCGUUCCCUUGAUCACCAGGACGACGCGCUGGGGCAUCAUCUCAAGUGGUCUGGCAUGGGUCCUCGCCACUCUGGUCAUUGUGCCCGAAUCCGUGUUUGACAAAGCUCGGAUGGAAAGCCAGACAUAUAGAUGCUUCUUUAGCAGACCUCACUUUCUGCUGGUGGAGGAGAGAAACUGGAAGCAUUUUCUGACCUUAAAGAUGAACAUUUUGGGACUUCUUUUUCCACUGUGCGUUUUUGUCUUUUGCUACGUGCGAAUGAGUAGAAUACGAAGGUCCGGGGAGAGGAGGUCUGGCCUUUCUAAGCUUGUUUUUGCCAUAAUGGCUGUUUUCCUUCUGAUGUGGGGACCCUACAAUAUUGCACUUUUCCUGUCCACCUUCAAAGAAUAUUUCUCCCUGCAUGACUGCAAGAACAACUACCACCUGGACAGGAGUGUUCAGAUCCUGAGAAUUGUCGCGGCCACCCACUGCUGCGUCAACCCCCUCCUACACGUGUUCCUCGACCCCACAUUCAGAAGACCCCUCCGCCGCCUUUGCUGUGGGUGUGAUGACAGUCCGCCUCAGUCCAGUGAGGAAUCUACACGAGAUGCCUCCAGGGAAGGACUUGACCUUUCCACCAAAGUGUAAACUAGCUUCCGUCAAAGGCGGGACAAAUAAACAUUGAGUUUUGUAUCGUUGUA